AGUCAGAUAUUGCAGACUUCGACGGCAGAAGUUCACUCCUCUACAGGUUCAAUCAGAAGCUUAUGAGCACAUUCAAAGAUGUGGUUUCUUUGAAGUUCAAGAGCAUGCAAGGGGAUGGUGUCUUAUUCCAUGGAGAAGGACAGCGUGGAGACUACAUUACCUUGGAACUGCAGAAAGGGAAGCUCUCCUUGCACAUCAGCCUGGGGGACUCCAACCUGCACUUCAGUAACAGUCAUACAUCCGUCACCCUGGGCAGCCUCCUGGAUGACCAGCACUGGCACUCGGUUCUCAUAGAGCGCUUCAACAAGCAAGUAAACUUCACAGUGGACAAGCACACCCAGCAUUUCCGAACGAAGGGGGAUUCAGAUCACUUGGAUAUUGAUUAUGAGCUCAGUUUCGGAGGGAUUCCUGUCCCAGGGAAACCAGGAACCUUUCAGAGGAAAAAUUUCCAUGGAUGCAUUGAGAACCUUUAUUACAAUGGAGUCAAUAUAAUUGACCUAGCAAAAAGGCGCAAACCUCAGAUCUAUACUGUGGGGAAUGUGACAUUUUCUUGCUCAGAACCACAAAUUGUUCCUAUCACGUUUCUCAGCACCAGUCAAAGCUACUUGCUACUACCUGGCACUCCUCAAAUUGACGGUUUGUCAGUCAGCUUCCAGUUUCGAACAUGGAAUAAAGAUGGCUUACUUCUGUACACUGAAUUGUCUGAAAAUUCAGGACCUCUCUUGGUUUACCUCCAUGGUGGGAGAUUGACACUACUUAUUCAGAAGGAGACAGAGAACCCAGUGGAAAUCAGUGAAGGCACCAAUCUCCACGAUGGGCUUUGGCAUCCUGUUAAUAUCAAUGCCAGAAGACAUCGCAUUACCCUGACACUGGAUAACAAUGCUGCCACUGCUAGCCAUGCAACCACUGCCUCAAGGAUCUACUCUGGGAACAGCUACUAUUUUGGAGGGUGCCCUGACAAUUUCACCGAUUCCCAAUGUUUAAAUCCCAUUACUGCUUUUCAAGGCUGUAUGAGGCUCAUCUUUAUUGAUAACCAGCCCAAGGACCUCAUUUUAGUUCAGCAAGGAUCCCUAGGGAAUUUUAGUGAUUUGCACAUUGAUCUGUGUGGCAUCAAAGACAG